AUGCUUGAAUUAAAUGUAGACAAAGAUUUUUUUACACUGAAUAAAAUUUGUAUAGAUUUUGCAAUCGUUAUUCAAAGAAUAAAAUUUAUGUUAAUAGAUAUUAAGUUACGUCGCGCUUUAAAAAGCUCUAUCUUUAGAUUAGAAUCGCAAGCUUUAGAAGCAGGAUGGCAACAAUUCUUUGACUCUCAGGAUUCUGAAGAUGAAAUAGUCAUUUCUAGCGUAUCAAGUUCUUAA